CUGAUUUAAUUGGUAAAUCUUUGCAAAACUACGUAGGAUAGUUUGUCUGGUUAAUAGUCUGUACCUUCACCGUUGCUGAAAGUGCACGAAAAGUCAACAUCGAAUAUUAUCAAUUAAUACAUGAGAAAUACAGUUUAACAAAGCAUACGCAGGCAGUUACUUAUCAACAGAAAUGUCUCGUCAGUCGGAAGAAGUUUUGUUGAUAGUGAACAAUGUGAAGAACAAGAAGGUUGACGGUGUGCUAUAUAUGAUGGGAGAAAGGCUGGCAUGGAUGCAGCCCAGUAAAAACAGCUUCUCAUAUAGUCAUGCCUAUGCUGAUAUAAAAUCACAGAAGAUUUCAGCCGACACGAAAGAGCGAGUACAGUUACAGCUUGUGAUGCACGAUGGAGGUGCAAAUACAUUCCAGUUCAAUAACCCAGCUGGGAGGGCCUCGCAGAUGGCAGAUAGGGAGAGUGUCAAAGAACUACUUCAACAAUUACUACCCAAGUUCCGACGUAAAUUGAGCAGUGAGUUAGAGGAAAAGAACAGGCUUCUACAAGAGAAUCCAGAGUUGUUUCAGUUGUACAAAGAUCUUGUUGUGAGUCAGGUGAUAACAGCUGAGGAAUUCUGGUCAACUCAGGGACCUAAAUAUCAAAGUAAAGAGAAAAUUGAACAAAAGCAAACUACUGGUGUGUCUGCAGCAUUCUUGGCUGACAUUAAACCAGAGACAGAUGGCUGCAAUGGGUUGAAGUAUAACCUCACUGCAGAUAUCUUAGAGUCUAUAUUUAGAACCUAUCCAAUGGUAAAGAAGAAACAUGCAGAGUAUGUACCUCAUGAGAUGACAGAGAGUGAGUUCUGGACAAGAUUUUUCCAGUCACAUUACUUCCACAGGGACCGCAUGACUUUAGGGACCAAAGAUCUGUUUUCAGACUGUGCCAAAAAGGAUGAGGAAGAAAUCAAGACAGAAGUUGAAAAGAAAAAUACAGACCCUUUACUAGAUCUAACAGCGCACAAAGAUGGGAAUUUGGAAGAGGGCUAUGGAGGUACAGGAGAUGAUAAACGAGGGGCGAUGAAUCCAGCCAACCGCACCAUGAUCCGAAGAUUCAACCACCACUCAUCUAUGGUGCUUAAAGCCUGUGAGCAAGCUGGCAGUCAGGCUGACUCAGGAAAUUCUGGUCUAACAAAUGGAAACCACACGUCACCAAAUGGGACAGAUGCACGGGUAAAUGGUGAAAGCAGUAAGGAACAGAACCAUGAACCUCCACAGAAAAAGGCACGAAUCAGGGAGAAACUUCAUUAUGACGACUUAGAAGAGCAACAAAUUAAGAAUGGCGUGAACCUACGUUUGUCUCGAAUGGAACGCUAUCUCCAUGGUCCGACACCUGUAACAUCAUCACGUUAUGCUUCGAGUGAGGAUUUAAUCUCAGCAACAAACUCAGUGUCUGCUGAAAUAGACUUGUGGUAUCCAGAUCUCAGUCAUGUUAUGCAUGGUACCACAGCUGUCAGUAUUCUUGGAGAGUUGUCACCAGGUGGCACUUUGAUGCAGGGAACCACACAGCAACAGUUAAAUCAAAUGGUUCCAGAAGAUAUGCAAAAUGAGUUGAAACAAAAUUACAAUGCAUUAUGUGAACUACUGCGACAUUUCUGGUCAUGUUUUCCUGUAUCAUCCAAAUUUUUAGAAGAAAAGGUUGUAAAAAUGAAAUCCACAUUAGAACGAUUUAACAUGGCAAAGUUAAAUCCUCUCAAAGACAAGUUGCAAGCAAAUCAUUAUAGUAUGGAUCUGACAGGACAUAUGCAAGACCUACUUAACACAGCAUAUACCAAAUUUGACACUUGGCAGGCCAGGAGACAAUCAAAGAAAUCUUGAAGCUAUAUCUGUGAUAAAAAAUGAUGGACAUGGUUAUAAAAAUGUGCUUUUACCUUUAGCCUGCUAAAUUUCUAGAAUGGACUGGUCCAUCAUUCAAUUUGGGCAGUACCACUUCUUAUUCAAAGGGGUUUUCACUGAAAAUUUACAGACUGAAUAGCAAACAGCAAAUCCAUGCAGGCUGAUCUUGGUCUGCACUGGUCACAAAAGCAAAAUCAAUUGCUGCCAGCAGGCUAAAGGUUAAUGAUAUUUCUUAUAUAUGUGAGAAUAUAUAUAACAUUUAGGGAUAGUAAGUGGUUUAUAGUGAAGAUAUCGACUUGAGUUGAUAAAACAUUGACACAGCAAUAUUGACAAUAAAUACCAUAGAUUUUCAGUUUAAGGUUGUUACACACAUUUGUUACUGGAAGUUGAAAGUAAAUAUUGCAUUACAUACUAGUAGUUUAUCUCAGAUUAAAAUCUAUCUCUGGUA